UCCAGGUAUUGGCGGUUUCUCUCUUUUCUCUCACAUCCGCGGUUCAGUUAAAGAAUUUCACCGCGAUUUACUUAUUCCUCUACCAGUUUUGUUCUUGAGAAUUCUUAAUGUUUGGAUCGAGGAGAGCGUUUUCUUUUAUCGGAUUGGGGGCAUUGUUUGAAUGGAAUGGGUCGGUUGUUCAUCCAUUUGGUUGCAGACAGAUUUCUCAGCUCGGAAAUGCUCGUGGAAAGCGCGCAUUUCUCGUUGAUACAUUGGCAAUGGUUAAGAGUUUAGAAGCAGAGGGCAUGCCAUCAAAACAAGCUGAGGCGGUAACGACUGCUUUGACCCAUGUUUUAAAUGAUACCUUGGAAAAUUUGGCUCAAUCUUUAGUCUCCAAACCAGAAUUGCAGAAGGCUAGCAUGUUUCAGGAAUCAAAUCUCUCCAAGUUUAAGGUGGAAGUGCAAGGUUCACAGGAGCAUCAUUUUUCUCUACUGCAACGAGAGACUGAAAAACUGCGUAAUGACAUAGACAAAAUGCGCAUUGAUGUGAGGCAUGAGAUGGACAAGAUCACUGCAGGCCACCGUCUAGAUUUAAAUCUCGAAAGAGGUCGUAUACGUGAUGAGCUAGCCGAACAGAGUGCAGAAACUACCAACCUCACCAACAAACUUGAUCGUGAAAUUCAUGCUUAAGAGCUCAUCUGGAAGCAGCAAAAUAUGACGUUAUUAAAUACUGUAUAGGAACCGUCGUCUCCAUCUCUGCCGUUGGUCUUGCUAUUAUCCGGAUUGUUUUGUAGU